AUGACUACAUUCUUCCAAAAUUCCGUUUUUAAUGGCAAAAGCGAGGAGGAUAAUGAAUCUAACGAAAAUAGCAACAAUGAAACGCUGUUUCAUUGCAGUGAAAAUCUAUCCGAAUCAGGUAGUGAUACCGAUUCAGUGAACCUGUUUGAACAAAUGGAUCGCCUUAGCUGGCUUGAAGAAACAGAAAAUUCAGAUCUAAGUAAAUUAAAGUCGCAAAAAAGUAUUGGAAGCCUUGCCGAUGCAAAAUGGAGCCGGGGACCAGCUCCCUUAGAUGAUCACGGUGGAAUAUUUAAUAUUAAAAUUGCCAGUUUGGAAGUACUCCGCUAUCCCCCUCCCCCAAAAAAAAAUGUAUUCUUUAACUGCUUACACUCUUCCUUUAAAGCCUCAAUAGUGAUUAUAGGCUCCCUGGGUUUCAAAUUGGAUGAAGCGGUAACAUUUCAAAAAAUGGAAGUUGAAAUGGCGAAUGACAAAGACGGUCACACAACUGCUAACAAUGCUCUAAUUAGUUAUUUCGCAUUUCUUGGCACAUGUCCUGACACUUACUCUGUUGACUAUCAGUUCAUCAACAAUUUAUUAAAAUAUGCAGAUGUCAAUACAAGAGAUCUGCAUGGUCAAUCAUUAUUGCACGAAGUCGCUAGAGAGUGGAGCACUGAUUUUGCUAACUUUUUAAGAAUUAAAGGAAUAGACAUUAAUGCUGCGGAUCACUGGGGUAGAACGCCAUUAAUUGUUGCUUCAGCGUGUAAUCAUGUUGAGAUGAUCGAAUGGUUAAUACAUAAUGGUGUUCCUAUAUGUCAGGCUAUUGUUUUUAUCGGACAUUCAAUAUGCUCAACAUUAUUGCGUCAAGAAAAAUUCUAUAUAGUGCAUUGGAAUCAUCAUGUGAAACCGCUUAUCGGAUCCAACAUUGAUCAUCGUACCAUCAAGGGAGAAGAACAAAGCGCCAUACAUUUUGCAGCAAAAUAUGACGCGGUGGAUGCAUUUGGAAUGCUUAUAAAGUUUGGUGCAAACCCUUUGGAGAGGGAUGCUAAAGAAAGAACACCAUUCUUUGUGGCAGCUGAAGAAGGACAGCGAAAUAUGUGCGAUUACAUGUUGGACUUGGGCUUGCCUACAGCAGCGUAUGACGAGAAUGCAGUUUCGGUUAUUGACAACAUCAUUAUAAAAAUGCCAACAAGUACAGCAUAUUGUGCGCUUGAUCAAUUUGUCACCACGGAUAGACUCAUGCGACAGAAGAAGUAUUACUUAAGUUGCUUGGGAAAACGUCGUUUUACUUUGCUGGAAAGAACAAAAGACCGUUUUACCCCCAAUACAGAUAGCCCAACCGCUUUAGAGAUUAUAGUGCAGAGAAGAGACCUCAACUUGAUUACACAUCCUGUAAUUUUGAAAUUAAUUGACUUAAAAUCUAAAAAAUUUGCCAAAGUCUUUAUCAGAAUCAAUGUUGGGAUUGCCUUUUUGUAUACAUUGUUAUGGACUGCAACCAUGCUGAUACCAUCGAAACGAGAAGGAGAUUGGAGUUCGUCAAAUGUAAUGCAGGUGUUGACAUCAACAUUUGCUCAAUUUAUCGCAGUAUAUCAGUUUUACCUGAGCUUGAAGGCUGAUCAAAUAUAUCAAAGAUUCAUCUCAGUCAAUGCAAAAAUCUACAAAGAAAGGAGAAGAAUUCUGCAUCAAUGCGAAAAGGAAAAGAAAUUUUGUCAUCCACGUUGGAUUGUUGAAAAAGGUUUACUGAAAAAAAAGAAAUCAGUCGCAAAAAAUUUAUCACAGAGAUUUUUUUCAGAUGGAUGGAAUGUAAUAGACUUAAUGUCAUUGCUAGUUGGGACAGGAGCCUGGAUAAUUACCUUAAUAAAUAUUAUCUUUCCACAUAUUGAUAAAAUAAAUUCAGUGUGGACGGGUUAUUGUACGAUCUUCAUCCUGUUAGCUUGGCUGAGGUUAAAUCGCUACGUUCGGUAUGAACAAUCACUAGGAAGGUUUAUUGUAAUGUUGGAGGAAUCCGCUAUUGCUUCAGUGACAUUCGCAUUUUUAUUCUUUGAGUUCUUUAUACCAUGUGUGGUGGCUUUUUGGGUGCUGUUUGGUGGCGUAAAGAAAGAAAGCGAAGGAGGAGAAUAUGAAAAAUUCAACGAUUUAGUUUAUCAACUAUAUCUACUGGCAAUAGUUGGCGAUUAUGACUAUGAUACGUUACAAGCAGAUCGUAAGGUUGUGUCCCAGCUUUUGGUGGCUGGUUAUUUGAUAAUUGUCAGUACGAUAACAGUUAACCUCCUGAUUGCACUGUUCACCGAAGCAUUCAUAAGGAUAAAUGAAACAGCUGUUGCUCACUCUCGUUUAAGAGAAGCUGAAGAAAUUCUGGACAUUGAAAGGCGAUUUCCAGAGAAGCUUAGAGAAUUUGAGAUUUGCGCAAACAAACACCUUGCUCCUAUGUACAGGUCUUCUGUUUGUAAAGGUAGUUUUAACGAUACAGAUAAAAAUUCCUCAAACCGCGUGUAUUCUUUCUAUAAACAAAAAAACUUAGGUCAUCCAGGAGUUACCCAAUUGUCAAGCAUCAAAACGGCGAUUCGCCCUUGCAUCAAUGUAACUGAAAUGUUGGGAGAAGAAGAAACAGAUAAGAAAAAAAGCUACAGUGCAAGACAAGCUUUAAGUAGCGUUUACUUCAAGUUGCGACGAUUUAAUCCUGAACUGAAUAACAUCAUUAAAACUCAAGAGGCUCUUCGUAACAAUGCUGAAACAGGAGUCAAUGCGUCACGUGAUAAACUUGACACUGCAGUGGUGACAAUUGCUAAGCAGAACACUUCAAAAUGUAUGGUGUGUGCUGGAAAGCUAUUUGGUAAUAUAUCACCAUAG